GCAAAUGAUUCGAAAAAUCUAAUUGAAUCGAACCCAAGGCUUUAUUUAAAACCGCGCCGUUAACCGGAUCGAAGUCGAAGGUCGUGAUACAGCGCGCAGGCGAAUUCCCACGAGGCCCCAGCCGCGUUGAACUCCAUCACCAAAACGGAAAAUUUGAAAGAAUAAUUAAGCUUGUAGUAUUUGGUCAUCCCAGGCGGAGACACCGUCAAUGGCGGCAUCAUCAUCGUCACUGACGGCGGUGAGGUCAUGGAGAACGGCAUUUCUUACUCUGAGAGACGAAACACUAACAAGCCCUCCUUCCAUCCCUCAACUUGUACAAUCCCUAAUCUUCUCUCACUCUCACUCUUCUCUCAUAUCUGCCGCCUCCGACCUCCCUGCUCACGAGGUGACUUCCGAUCUUUUAUUUCUCAUCCAACUUGUUGCCAAUGCCUCCCAAUUUCAACACGAUUUGGUCCAUACAUUUUCCAACACUUGCCGCUUGAUCCAUGAUGUCAGUCAUCGGGUUUCUCUCGAUAUCAAUACCUCAUCUUGGGCCUUGCUUCUUGACUCCUCCACCAAAAUCAUUGAUCAUUUUCUUGCCAAAGCAACGUCCAGUGCUUCUUUGUAUAAACCAACUUUAGAAUGCUUGGGAACUCUCAGAUAUCUUGUCAGUGAAAACCAACGAAAAUGCUCUCUGCCAGAUGAUAUUCAGUUGGUAAAUGUUCUUCUUCACAUCAUUGCACGUUCUCAUACGGAUUUAAUCUCCUUGUAUUCUUCAAGUCGCAAUCAAAAGAGUGCUAUUGAAAUGGGGAAGAAAUUACAGAGAAAUGGUAGUUUAUGGGAAGUUCUAACUGCUUCCUUUACUAUGCUUGGUGAACUAUAUUCAAGGAGUGGUUCUUCCUUUCCAGUUGAUAUUUGGCAGUCAACCAUUCAGGUUUUUAGGAAGAUGAUGGAUUUAUUAGCCUCUAAGAAUUUGGUUGUGGAAGACAUUAUCAUGUCAAGGUUUUAUGCUUCUCUUCUGCAUUGCCUUCAUUUGGUUCUUCUGGAUCCUAAAGGUUCUCUUUCAGAACAUGUGUCUAGUUUUGUGGCAUCCUUGCGUAUGUUUUUCGUUUAUGGCCUUACCAGUGGAAACCAAGUCAUAUGUGCUGCUGUCAGUUCCAAGGAGAAAGAAUUUGGUUCACCAAGGCUUAAGCUGACUUUAGAAGAGCCUAAACAAACAAAUAGUACUCCAUAUAGGCCUCCACACUUGCGCAAAAAGGACAAUUUAAAUACUAGGCAGGCUAAAGCUCUAGAUCCUCAGAGUUCUUCUGAUCAAAUUUCUUCUAUGGUUGAUGUUACAUCAUCAGACUCUGAUUACAGUGACAGUGAUGGAUCACUUAAAGAUAUUAAUGAUUCUCGAUGCUCAAAGAUUAGAGUGUCUGCCAUUGUUUGUAUACAGGAUCUUUGUCAAGCUGAUCCCAAAUCCUUUACAUCUCAAUGGACAAUGCUUUUGCCGACCAAUGAUGUACUACAACCAAGAAAAUUUGAAGCCACUUUGAUGGCAUCCUUGCUAUUUGAUCCUUACUUGAAGGCACGGAUGGCAUCUGCCUCAGCUCUGGCUGUCAUGAUGGAUGGGCCUGCUACUGUUUUUCUUCAGGUAGCAGAAUAUAAAGAAUCUGCUAAAUUGGGAUCUUUUAUGGCACUUUCUAGUUCACUUGGCCAGAUACUAAUGCAGCUGCAUACUGGUACUCUAUACUUAAUUCAGCAUGAAACUAAUAGUCGUUUGCUGGUGUUGGUUUUCAAGAUUCUAAUGCUUUUGAUAUCAUCCACACCAUAUUCACGAAUGCCAGGUGAAUUGUUGCCGAAAGUAAUUUUAUCUUUACAAGCAAGGAUUGAAGCUGGUUUUCCUUUCAAAAGUGAUCAGACUGGUUUGCAGGCUGCUGCUAUUAGCUGUUUGACAACUGCUUUAUCAGUUUCACCUUCCAUCCAAGUCAAAGAAAUGAUUUUAAAGGAAUUGUCGACAGGAGGAUUUUUGUUGGGUUUUGUGGAGGCUGACAAGAAGUCUGGUGUUUUUCUAACAUUACUUAAGCAUUGUGAACGACUAAGCAACCCAACAGUUUGCUUUGAAGCACUUCAGGCCCUUCGAGCCGUUUCUCACAAUUACCCGGACUUAAUGUUAGUAUGCUGGGGAAAAAUUUCUGCUAUUGUUUAUAAAUUUCUGAGAGAAGGUAAUGCCGAAGUUGCAACAAAGUCCUGGAAGGAACUAGCUGGAAAUACAGCUCUAUUUGUUGGGGAAAAAAUUGUUACAGCUGCUAUAAAGGUUUUGGAUGAAUGCCUUCGUGCAAUAUCUGGUUUUAGAGGAACUGAGGAUCUUUCGGAAGAAAAUUUUUUGGAUUCCCCGUUUACUUCUGAUUGCAUAAGGACAAAGAAAGUAUCAUCAGCUCCAUCAUAUGGACCCCGGAGUCCAGAAGAUGUAAAAGAAGAAAGAAAUACAUUUCCAUCAGGACUUCAGCAGUGGGCUGAGACAAUUGAGAAGCUCAUGCCUCUCAUUCUAUGGCAUACAUCUGCAAUGGUGAGAACUGCAUCAGUAACUUGUUUUGCUGGAAUCACUUCUUCUGUAUUCUUUUCUCUCUUGAAGGAAAACCAGGACUUCAUUGUUUCAUCUCUAAUCAGUGCUGCUGAGCAUGAUAAGGUUCCUUCAGUUAGGUCAGCUGCUUGUCGAGCCAUUGGUGUUGUCUCAUGUUUCCAGAAAGCUUCUGCGAGUGCAGGGAACCUUGGCAAGUUUAUCCAUGCUGUUGAGAUUAACACUCGUGAUUCUAUGGUCUCGGUGCGAAUACCAGCCUCUUGGGCUUUGGCAAACAUAUGUGAUUCUAUCCGUCACUUUGUUGAUGAUGUUCCUUUAAAGCACUCAACAGAUUCAGAAACAAACUUCCAUUUGGUGGACUUGUUAAUUGAGUGUGCUCUGCGUCUAACCAAGGACGGGGACAAGGUUAAAUCAAAUGCUGUAAGAGCUCUCGGAAAUCUUUCAAGAUUUGUCAGAUAUACGAGUUCAUAUUUUGAUAAAAAGCCAGUGGCAAAAUUAGGAUUUUCGUCCACUUGCAACCAGGUUACUAUGUUGCCAGCAAGAAAUGAUCUGAAUGCUUUUGAUGGAGGUGUGAUAACUUCAUCCUAUCCUGCAUCAUUGAAGGAUUUGCAUUGGCUAGAGAGAAUGGUGCAAGCAUUUAUUUCUUGUGUUACAACUGGAAAUGUCAAGGUUCAAUGGAAUGUCUGUCAUGCGCUGAGCAACAUGUUUUUGAAUAAGACAAUACAACUGCAGGAUAUGGAUUGGGCUCCAUCAGUUUUUGGUAUUCUUCUAUUGCUUUUACGUGAUUCUUCGAAUUUCAAGAUCAGGAUACAAGCUGCUGCUGCAUUGGCUGUGCCGGAAGCGGCAGUUGAUUAUGGGAAAUCUUUCCCUGACAUUGUCCAAGGCCUGGAGCAUGUAGUGGAGAAUCUAGGUUCUGACUCAAUUUCGGCACCUUCAAGUUUCAAAUAUAGGAUCGCACUUGAAAAGCAGUCAACUUCAACCUUGUUGCAUGUUCUUAGCCUUGCUUCAGCUACUGACCACAAACCGCUGAAAGAUUUUCUUGUCAAAAAAGCAUCUUUUCUGGAGGACUGGUUUAAGAUGCUCUACUCAUCACUAGGGGAGACGAUUUCUCAGUCUGAUGCCGUUGGAAGUGAUUCUGUUGGUAACCGAAAGAAAGAGAUGAUAGCCAAAGCUAUACAGUCCAUAAUCGAAGUUUAUGAAAGCACGGACCAGCAUACGAUUUGUCAGAAAUUCAAGAAGCUGAACAAUAGCAUAAUCUGAUGGUCCCAUAAUCUGCCAUUUUUAUUUUGCUCGGUAGCUCUGGCUGAUAUGUUAUAUUGGGUAAUUUUAGUUUGGUCACCUUGGACACUACUUUUACUCAGAUGAAUUGGCCAUUCGUCCUUGAUGUACCAGUUCAUUGGAUUGGAAAUACCCUUUCCUAUCCGAUGAUUAAACAGAGAUUGGAGUAACUGAACUAAUCCCAUAUGCAGAAAAGGCCCCUCCUGGUGGUGAGGAGAGUUUGGUACAGAAUUUCCAGUACUCCGCUAGGCCGGCAGUGCAAAAAAGGAGGGGGGGGGGGUUGGAUCCUAUUGUGUAUUGAAUUAUGAUAGGUUUUUGGUUGUAUUGGUGCUGUGUGCAGUAUGAAGUGGGACUGGGAUUCCAAUAAUUUAAAUGCAUUCACACAUGGAUUACUGCAUUCUAGCCUCUGAUAUAGAUUUUCUUUUUGUUCUUGUAACAUGAUGGUAGUGUAAUCAAAGGAUCUCUGAUCAGAUUCUCAAACUAUGUAGUACUUUAAUUCGUUUGCAUCUAUCAGCAUGGUCUAAUGGAUAACUAAUGCCAUUUUCCAAA